AUGGCGAUCCACGACGAUGUCCAGAUUGGUGAUGUCGUCAAUGUACCAGGGGGCAUGUUUGGCACAGUGAAAUACUUGGGAUCAGUGGCGGGCAAGCCGGGUAAGUUUGCGGGCAUUGAAUUGAGCAAUGAGCAUGCGCCCCGGGGGAAGAACAGCGGAGAUGUGGAAGGACGAAAAUACUUUGCGACAUCAGUUCCCGGCUCAGGAAUCUUUGUGCCUAUGAACAACAGCAAGUACGUCACUCGACGAGCCACGUCCAACAACUUCGCCGUGCCUACAACCCCAGGGCGUGCGCCUGUCAACUUCAGCAAGUCAGUUGGCCCGAGCCUCACACCCCGUCCCAAGAUCCGCCGUCCCUCCCUCCCUCGAGCCGAAUCUCCCCGCGUUCCUCCAAAGCUGAGCUUGAACGGCCUACGCACCCCCUCCGCAGCCUCAAGAACAUCAACCUCCAAUGGAUACCAACGGAGCCCUACCAAGGCACCGUCACGACUGUCAGAUCGACCACCUUCACGGCUCAGCAUUGAUGACGACGCCUCGUCGUAUGGUGGUAGACCAUCUGACUUCCAGCGUCCAUCUUCGGUAGAGACGCAGGAAUUGAAGGAUCAGGUCAAGACUUUGGAAAAGCAACUAUCGGAUCGGGACAGGCAGCUGGAUGAACAAACGAAGAUCCUCGGUGAUUUCCAAAGAAUGGUGGAGGAACUGGAGGGAUCAGAUGCCAUGUCGAUCCGUGCUCAGCUUCGGGAGAGGAAUGAGCGAAUCAACCAGCUGACUGCGGAAUUUGAUGGUCACCGAGCCGAUUUCCGUAGCACUCUUGACACAUUGGAAAUUGCUGCAUCCGAGACUGAGCGUGUCUACGAACAACGGAUGGAUGACCUUCUGCAACAGAACAAGGAGCUCCUAGACCGCGGAGAAGAUGUGGAGAUCGUGGCUCAGCAACUUAAGCAGCUGGAGGAGCUCGUCUCCGAGCUUGAAGAGGGUCUGGAAGACGCAAGACGAGGCGAAGCAGAAGCCAGAGCUGAGGUUGAGUUCCUACGUGGCGAGGUCGAGAGGACCAAGUUGGAAUUGAAGAAAGAACGUGAUCACUCGGCGGCCGCGCUCAAGGACGCACAUGCCGCAUCAGAUGGACCCCGGCACUCCAAUGAGAUUGAGCAGAAAGACGAUGAAAUCCGAGGCCUCAAGGCUAUCAUCCACUCUCUGAGUCGCGGAAUUCCCAAUGGCAACCACAAUGAUAAUGGUGCAGACGCCCAAAAUGAGCAAAAUGAGCGGAUCGCCCAGCUGGAGCAACGGCUUCAAGAGACCGAGAGCAAUACUGAACGCAAAGACACCCGCAUUGAUGAACUGGAACGGGAGCUGCAGGAGCUCCGAGUGAGUUCUGUUGAAGGAGGUCGCAACCGCAGCUCCACUGUCACCCUCUCCCCACCCAAGUUGCAACACAAGCCAUCUAGCUCCCAGAGCAACAUUACUGUGAACGACAACAUCAACCAUGACCACCGUCUGUCUGAUCGUACGGUUGUCCCGACCGACUGGCAUGAUGCCCCAUCAGAGCUUCGCCAGCACAACCGCGGCAUGUCCAGCUCCUCACAACCACGACUCGAGCCCAUGCCCGAGUCAGAACGAUCUUCCGAUGAUGAUACUUUGUGGUGUGAGAUCUGCGAGGAGGGUGGCCAUGACAUCCUCAACUGUACUAGCAUGUUUGGAUCCGGCAACAAUGACCCCAAGGCCAAUGCCCCGGAGAUAACGAAUGACCACCCCGCCGGAAACACCGAAGAUCACACCGAUCUCCAAACUGAUGACCAUGAUAUUCAUGAUAAGACUCCCUCUCCUAAGACUGGUCGGGAUGUCGUCCUUGAGGGAUUGAAGGGGAUUGGAGGCCUGGGAAAUUCGAUGGCCCCAGUGGCUGGCAAGUCCUCCGGAGUCAUUGAUGAGUCCAAGUGGUGCGCUCUUUGUGAGCGUGAUGGCCAUGAGAGCAUCGACUGUCCUUUUGAUGAAUAA